AAUGGCUUCCACGAAGCAAACAAACAGAUUCUUCCACAAUAAUAAUAAUAAUAUACAUUAAAAGCAAAACAAGUUGAGCAACCAAAGAAAAAACCAAUUCCAUGACCACUAAUUUCUAACAAAAUAUUUUAAUUUGCUCCUCCUCUUUCGCCCCCUUCUCCCUCUCUCUAUUUUUUUUUUCUUUCCCGCUUUUUCAUAGCAAAACGAAAAAGAAAACCCUAGAACGGGAGAGAUUUCAUUCCCCAAAAAAUCUCUUCCUUCUCUCUCCUCAUUUCUGAGUUCCCAACUUUCCUCACCUGAGAUCUGGUGUGACGUGCAUCACAAUUGAAUCGAAUUGAAAUUUGUUGUCGUGGUUGCAGCAAGGAAUGCCGCUGGUAUUAGCGAAAAGCGAUUCGAUCCAGAUUCGCGAGGUAUGGAACGAUAACCUGGAAGAGGAGUUCGCGUUGAUUCGCGAAAUUGUGGACGAUUACCCUUACAUCGCCAUGGACACGGAGUUUCCAGGGAUCGUUCUCCGACCUGUGGGGAAUUUCAAGAACAGCUACGAUUACCAUUACCAAACCCUAAAGGACAACGUCGACAUGCUCAAACUCAUCCAAUUGGGCCUCACUUUCUCCGACGAGCACGGCAACCUUCCCACGUGCGGCGACGAAUCCGGCACGUGCUGCAUCUGGCAAUUCAACUUUCGCGAAUUCAACGUUAACGAGGACGUCUUCGCCAACGACUCCAUCGAGCUCUUGCGGCAGAGCGGGAUUGAUUUCAAGAGGAACAACGAAAACGGCAUCGACGCCCACCGUUUCGGGGAGCUUCUCAUGUCCUCCGGGAUCGUCUUGAAUGACAACGUUCAUUGGGUUACUUUCCACAGCGGUUACGAUUUCGGGUACUUGUUGAAGCUCUUGACGUGUCAGGAUUUGCCCGAUACACAAGUGGGCUUCUUCAAUUUGAUAAACAUGUAUUUCCCAACUGUGUACGACAUAAAACACCUCAUGAAGUUUUGCAACAGCCUCCAUGGAGGCUUGAACAAGCUUGCCGAGUUGUUGGAGGUCGAGAGGGUUGGGAUUUGCCAUCAGGCCGGUUCCGAUAGCUUGCUCACUUCCUGUACAUUCAGGAAAUUGAAGGACAAUUUCUUUAGUGGCUCCUUGGAGAAGUAUGCAGGUGUCUUGUAUGGGUUAGGUGUUGAGAAUGGACAGGGUUCUCAUUGAGAAGGAAAAAAAAAACAAAUAAAAAAUGAAAUUAGAAAAAAAAAAAAAAAAACUUGGUAGAUCUCUCUUUGUUUGAGCUGCUGUAUAUCUGGCGUAAUACCAAUUUCUAUUAAUUUAAACCUUUGGCAUUAAGUGUCUUUACUAAUACUCCCUCUUUGUUACUUA